AUGGCUGCCAUCUCACCAUGUCUCAAGGGAACCACCUCUCCAAGUAUCCUCAAGAGUUCGCCAUCCUAUCAGUCUCUUCAUUCGCCCGGACUCUCCUUUUCUACAUCGUCCAUCCCAUCGUCUCCACCACUCCCAGCACACUUUAACAAUGACUAUUACAUCAAGGUGAUCACUGCUCUCUUUAGCAAAUACUCGAAUCUCAAGGAACUGGAACACGGAUCAAACGAAAUACUCAAUGAACUAAUCACCAAUAUCGAGUGGAAAUGGGAUCCAGAAUUCCAAUUCCCACAAUUAUUUAGAGCUGCUCAAAAUCAACUUCAACAACAACAGUCACAACAAUCGUCGUCUCAUCCAAAGUCACCAAAUCAUGUAGUAUCAUCUGCCAAUAUUAAAAAAUCACCAAAUAAUCAAUCACCAGUUGGAUCUUCACCAGCGCUCUCUUCUAGUCAUAGUCCAAAGAGAGGCAAUGAAAGUCCAAAGAUGGUCAAAUCAAUCUCUUCAUCUUCCUCUACCUCCUCCUCUUCCACCUCACAAAAACCAUUUAUUCCACCUCUUUCAUUUGACAAGGCAGCUGUUACCAAGUCUACUCAACAAACACCACCCAUAUCACCAGGUGGUAAGAUACAACAACAACAACAACAACCAAUCAAUGUAACUAAUCAAAUGUUACCAUUGUCUCAGUCGUCUGUUUCGAUUCCAGCCACCACUGGUCAAAAGGUAGUUGUUAAAAAGAACCCAGUCUUUGGUAAACUACUCACUCGAAAGGACUCUUCUAUUAGCAAGAGACAGUAUUUCCUCUAUGCUAUUGGAGGUGAACAUAGCGAGGGAACCGUUGAAGUGUAUGACAUUCAAAGCAACCGUUGGAAAUUUGUAUCUCAAAUGCCAGUGCCAACAUCCGAGUUUGCUUCAUUCUAUGACAGUCAAAACUCAAUCUAUUGUAUUGGUGGCAAGUCGACACCCUACCAAGUGAGCAAGUACAACACUGAAAAGGAUAGUUGGGAACAACUCUCACUCAAACUCAAGACUCCGCGUGUUGGUCAUUGUGCAGUGUUUGAUGGUCGUAGAUUUGUCUAUCUUGUUGGUGGCGAGGGAUCGAGCGCAGCCAAGCUACUUGAACGAUUGGAUAUUGUCACAAUGCAGAUGACAACACUCCAACCAAUGAAGUAUGGUCGUCGUCACUUUAACUGUUUCUUUGAUGGCAACAAACUCAUCUAUGCAGUCGAUGGUUACUCGUCCAAGGAUCAAGAGUCAACGAUCGAAGUCUAUGACAUUGAAACUGACAAGUGGUCCGUUUUGACCACCAUCCAAACACCUCGAUACAUGGCCAGUGUCUCUUAUGACGGUUCUCGAUACAUUGCCAUCAGUGGUGGAAUCAACAGAUGUACCGCUCACGACGUCCAACACAUUGAACGAUUCGAUACUCAACAACAGACAUGGGAACGUUUGGACGAAAAGUUCUUUACCAACCAAUCUGCUGCUGCUUCAUCGAACCAAUCUGCCCCACAAUCGCCAACACUUCAAGCUACAUCGUCACUUUCAAAGAAUCGUCUCCAACUUUACAAUUCAACCGUUUUUGAUGGUGAACAAUUUAUCUAUUACUGUGGUUUAGGAGUCGAUGAAAGUCGUCCACUCCUCUAUCGUUAUAAUAUUCGUACCAAGAAAUUUGAUAAACUUGCAUCUCUUCAACAUAUGAGAUUAACUAAUCAACUUGUUUUAAUUUCAAAAUAA